CUGCUAUUCUGAUGAGAUUCAAAUCUGGUCAUUUGAAAAAAUACUCCUCGUAUCGAACUGCAUAGCCCGGACCUAUAGCAGUACUAGUGCAGAUCGAAACAGUGCUGCCUGCAAUCCAGUCUCCACAGGCCUACGUACCACGGGUAUACACAUACGCGAACUAAGCAUUUGGGGCAGUCAUGGUGCUCCUCACCUCUUCGACCGUCUCAGUCAUCAUAUCCACCGGCGUCAUCUGUACCUUUACCUUUCUACUUUUCCUAUCGGGUUACGUCCUGCAGCAGCAGUCCGUCCGGAGCAUCCAGCAUGCCAUUCGACCGCCGCCACCUCCGGACCCUGUGGCAGGGCACGGAUUAGAAGGAUCGCCAUACCAAGGGGCCGGACAGGAGCUUCUGUCAGAUAGGGUUGUCGAUAAGCACAAGAGGGAUGCCAGUUCCCCACAAGCAACGACAGGCAACCUUGCAUACCUCCAGCUCCUCUCCACUCCCGACCCCUCCAACAUCUGCUCCGCCAUCCUUUUCUUCAAGCACCUAGCGACCAAUGGCACGGCAGUCCCGGACCGUCUUUUCAUGUAUCCGCGAGAGUGGGACUUGAUGCCCACAAAGGAGCUCACAGAGCCGGUCUCCACGGCUCUCUCCCUCUUGCGCACGGCCAGUCUUGAAUAUGGCAUCUGGCUUCUGCCCAUCGACAUGACGCUAGCCACUUCGGAAGGCUACACGCCUACGGAUACAAAGCUGCUGCGGCUGGGCCAGAUCCAGUUUAUGCAGUAUGACAGCGUACUGUAUGUCCAAACCCCUGGUUUGCUGCUCGACACCGGCAAGCUGGAUGCCAUGCUUCUCUCCCGUCCGCUGCCGCUGCGGCACGAUAAGAGCAGACCCGAGUCAUUCAACAACGAGGCUUGGGUCCCUAUGCCCUUGAGAGCAGACCGAGACGCAGAUCUACCUCCUGUUUACCUAAUCACAGUAAACAGCGUCGAAAAUGGCCAUAUUGAAGCUCGUGGCCACAUUCCGAACACAGCUGUUCCGGGAUUUGGUAGCCUGGUUACGGGACCUGGGGACGUCCUAUCCCCAGAAGAAGAUGGCUUCAAUCCUGAUGAACAACCGGGAUAUGUAUAUUUUGAGCAGGACCAUGAUGGUCACGUUAAGUGGGCCCAAAAUCCACUAUUUGGAUCUUGGCGUGUUGGCCAAAAUGCAGUAUGCGAGGGUCUCGACUUUGAUGAUGAUUCACUUCAUGAUGGAUAUGACUUGUGAUUUGUUUGUACUUCUUUUGAUCUCUGUAGCGUUUUGUGGGUUUUAUGUCACGCACUUGUAUUGAUGGCUCAGAAUGAACUAACUGGUCAGUGACAGUUCUGAGUCCUGGUUGGAGUUAAGGUACAGGUUACGACGGUGUAUUCUUGUCAAUAUUUACCUUUGCUGUGUCUCUUGGGACUUAUGAUAACUAUGUAUGCAGUCAUGUGUAUAUGAAAGAUGAUGUAUGGCAGAUGAACAUCAUCAGAUGUGAAGACGUGUUGCUGUUAAUAGUCAUUCAACUAAUGAUCCAUAAUUCAAGCUUGCCUCACGG